ACACCUCAGACUGCAAACUCGCUCGGGCGACCUUGUGGCCAUUCUCCGAGAGCCUCGGCGGCUACGGAGAAGUAGCAGCAGCAGCAGCAGCAGGGGCUAGGGGCCAGAGGCCAGGGGAUGGAGUCUCCCCCCCAGUCUGCGCCCGAAAGCGGAGAUCCAGAGCUCACCGGCGCGGAUGUGGCUCCUGGAAUGUCAUGGUUGGACGGCAUUGCCUGGAUCUAUGCGGCCCUCACCGCCGUGGCCUUCGCCACGCUCGCCAUGCUCACGCGCGCGUCCAAGCUUUCCUGGGGUGACGUGUUUGGGUCUCUGUCCACCUCCAAUGUGUCGCUUCUCUUGCUCACAGGCGCCAUUGCGACUGCAUGUAGAGCGGCAGAGGAGAACGCAUGUCCUCGGGUAGCAGCUUCGACCGAAUUCAACGAGAUGCUUAGCUCUAUGAAACAAGAGGCAAAGCAGAGGAUUCUUGGCGAGCUUGCAAUCUUCCAAAACCAGGGCUGAUGUCGGUUCGCAAAAUUGGUUGG